ACAACUUCAAGUCAAACGCAAAUGAAAAAUCAAAUAUGGCGUCUAUGUUGUCUUGAAUUUUGAUUACUACAUAAACAAGUGUAUUUUUGUGUACUUACUUUGGAUGUUAAUGUUAUGAAACAUAGGUUUUAUAAGAAAUUAAAUACUUUAACGGUAUAAUAUAAAGAUAACUGAUGAGUUUGUUGACCGAUGUCUGCCGUGGCUCCAACUAUCCCCGGGGCUGACCCAGCAAAGGAUAUUCAAAAGCGCCGCGCAGGCAGUGUUGGGAUUACUUUUUACGACAGAUCCGAUGAAGACGACGCAAGUGGCGGAAAAUACACAAGGAUGGAGGAGGAUAACAUUCAAGACAAGGAGCGCUUUGCUAGCCGCGAAAAUCAUUGCGAAAUUGAACGCCGCCGUAGAAACAAGAUGACAGCAUAUAUCACGGAACUCUCUGAUAUGGUUCCAACAUGUUCAGCUCUAGCACGAAAACCCGACAAACUCACUAUACUGCGCAUGGCAGUAGCACAUAUGAAAGCUUUGAGAGGUACAGGAAAUACCUCUACAGAUGGAACAUAUAAACCAUCAUUUUUAACAGACCAGGAAUUAAAACAUUUAAUACUCGAAGCAGCUGAUGGCUUUUUAUUUGUAGUAAGCUGUGAUACUGGUCGAAUUAUUUAUGUUAGUGACAGUAUAGCUCCAGUACUUAACUAUUCUCAGGGAGAAUGGUAUUCGUCGUGUUUGUAUGAUCAAGUGCAUCCUGAUGAUGUAGAGAAAGUUCGAGAACAAUUAAGUACCCAAGAACCUCAAAAUACUGGACGUAUAUUGGAUCUAAAAACUGGAACCGUUAAAAAAGAGGGCCAUCAAUCGUCAAUGCGUCAAGUAAUGGGUUCGCGUCGCGGCUUCAUCUGCCGCAUGCGCGUGGGCGGGUCCGGCGAGGGCGCGCACCUGGGGCGCCUGCGCGCGCGCAACUCGCUCGGGCCCUCGCACGACGGACACAACUAUGCAGUCGUGCACUGCACUGGGUACAUCAAGAACUGGCCGCCGACAGACUUGUUUCCAGGUAUGCAGAUGGAUCGCCCUGUGGAAGAUGAAUUGCACGCGUCCCAUUGUUGUCUCGUUGCUAUAGGACGUCUACAGGUAACCUCAACACCCAACGCGACUGAAAACAGUUUGUCGACGGGUGGCGUUGAGUUUGUGUCGCGGCACUCCGUCGACGGUCGCUUUACGUUCGCCGACCAGCGCGCCACACAAGUUGUAGGCUAUGCACCAGCAGAUUUGCUUGGGAAACUUUGCUAUGAGUUUUAUCAUCUAGAGGAUCAACAGCACAUGAGAGACAAUUUUGAUCAAGUGCUGAAGCUUAAGGGACAAAUAAUAUCAUUGAUGUACCGGUUUCGAACAAAAAGCAAAGAGUGGGUUUGGUUACGAACAUCAGCCUUUGCCUUCCUUAAUCCAUACAAUGAUGAUGUAGAGUAUAUUGUCUGUACAAAUACAUUGGCUAAUCGUUCUCUCGGCAACACGGGUACGGAGCCAGUCGCGGAGGAGACUUACGACUACCACCUGCGACACCGCGACGUAUACCAGGCUCCCCCGCCCGCCAUUCAUCAGCAGCAUCAUACACAGCCAGGGGCAGGCGGUGUGAGCGCGCGUUCUCCUGACGGCGCACUAGCAGGCGGCGCUCCGGCCUCUUAUGCGCCGCACUACGCCGAGUACUCCCCGCACCGGCCCGCCAACACGCCGCCGCACACCACCUGGACCACGCUCCGGCCGAGCGGCGGCGGCGCCACCGGCGAGACGUACGCGUACAGCGGCGACGCGGCGACGGCGGGCACAGAGCACAGCCCGGCGCGCAGCCCGCCCGCGCCGCCCUACCUGCCGCCCGCGCACUACCAUCCCGCGCAUCCCCACCCCGCGCACCCCGCACACGCAGGUAUGUGGGCGUGGCAAGGCGGCGGGGUGGGCGCGGGCGGCGCUGCUGCCGCGCCCGCGCCGGAGAGCGGCCACGCGCCGCACGAGCUGUCCGACAUGCUGCAGAUCCUCGACCAGAGCGGAGCCGCCACUUUUGAAGAUCUCAACAUCAACAUGUUCAAUUCGAACUUUGAAUAAUGAAUGAUUAUUUGUCGUGCGGUUUAUAGCGCGAUAUAUUUCUCUACAUUGAAGUGGACCCGGAUCUUUUUAAUGAUUUUAAAUGUGCAAAUGUUAGGAAACAAAAGUGCAGAGUUACCGCGUUUGUACGAUUACAUUAAUGCAGUUAUGAUAACUUCGACUAUCAAAUCGUUUGAAUUUAUACAGUUGUAAAAACGAAAACAUUAAUUUUAGAAAUUGGAUGUAGAAUCUCAAAAAGAACCAGGAAUAUGUGUAACAGGUCGUUUAUCACCGAUAGUAUCAAAUGAUGAUGCAGUUUGUCUUAUGGUGCAAGCUUUAAGACUAUAAUAUAGUAUGAAAAAUAUUAUUCGAUGAAGCGAAUCCUGUACAUAAUAUACAAAGCCUUUCUGUUUUUUAUAUGAAAUGUGAUUGGUAACAAAUCUUAAUCGGAGAUAAUUAAGUUUUAAUGACAUUUGAAGUCGCCGGUUUUAAGCAUAUUUUUGCUAGGAUUAUUACAGUUAUGGUUACAUAAGUAUACCUAUUAAUUUUAGUUGUAUGACCAUUAUGUUAGGAAUACCAACAGCCGUGCUGAGUGGCGUACUCAUACGUCUAAUUGAUUGCCCUGUUUCCCUGCCUAUGUCUAUUUUCAUCAACUUUUGUAAUCUUUUUUCGUUUCUAAUUUUUUUUCACAAUAUAAUUUAAAAAAUGGGGCUAGUAAAACACGCCGUCCUGUUUCCUUGUUUCUCUAUUUUUACUACGCUUUUUAAAGGACAGAACAGAAUCAGUUACUUUUUUUAAAGCAAGUUGGGAUAACAGCAAAAGUCAAAUUUUGUAUUCAUUGUAGCUUACAUUUUUACCCUUUAAGUCGACUAAAGUAUAUGUAUAGGUUUCAAACAAUAUAAUUUCAUUGGCAUUUGAUGGCAAUAAUCUGAGGUGUAGUUAAAAUUAAAGUUGUUUUUUUGUAGAACCUCGAAACACUUUGUAGUUAAUAUUACGAGUAUUAUUAUAGUUUAAUUUGGCAUGAAAGCCUUUAUAUUAGGUUGUAGGGAUUGUAUUAAGUAAGAUUUAGUUAUUAUUUUUAUAAAGAAAUGAUAUUCCAUUUUCUCUGUAGUUCAGAGUUCAAAUUUAUAAAUUAGUUUUAGUUUUUAGACACAAUGAUGUCUUUAUAUAUCUAUUAGAUGAUUUAUUCCUGGUUCUUGAUGUUUUGAUUACAUGUCAGCAAAGUCCAUAAUGUAUAUUUUUACCAAAAAAUUAAUAGCUACACAGUGUGAUGAUCAAUUCACAGUAUUCCUUUUUUGUUAUAAGAUCAUAUUUUGACAUCUGACAAAUAGCAUUUCGCAACAUCCUAAAUACUACUUGCCUUUUCUUUCUUUUCUAUAUUAUGACUUCACUGGCUUCCAUCGGAUUUUC